CCACGUUGCAGAGAUUUAAAAGAACAUUUAAGAAGGUUGCAGCAACAGUCUGAUUCACGGCGUAGAGCUGCUGUAAUGGAAAUGAUGAGGCAGAGAGCUGCAGAAGUUGCUAACAAUGCUGGAUGAGCAUUUUGUACUUGUAAAUAUGUGGCACUUUUAAGAAAGCUCUAGACAGUUAUACAUUAGUUUCACCAAUGCUCCGACAGCAGUGAUUGUUUUUGUGAAUGGAAUACAUAGGGUACAUGUAGCCUUGCAGGUUCGCUUGUUCAUCUCAACAGGAUUGUCCCAGAGAAGAUCUGAGUUCAGCCAUUUAGUGCUGCUGUCCUCUUCUGCAAAGGACUAACCAGGUCCGGCGGGAUAUUUGGUGGUGUCUGUUUUUGUGGGCGGAUUUGGUAAUUCUUUCAUUUUGUCAAGUUACUUGUUUUAUGUCAGGUGCCAUCCUUCGGUGGCGGGUGUACUAUAGUCCUAAAUAGGUCUCAAAUUUCUUGCAAAUCUUUGUGGGGGAAUGAGGGAUGGCAUCGACUCGAUUUUAGUUAACAUUUUUAAAGAUUCACCGCAUUUUGUAGAAUCUUUUAUUUAAAGAUGAAAGUAAAUAAUUAGAAUCUUCGCAUA